AUGCACCCCAUGGGCCCCCCAGCUGUCCUCGGCCCGCGCCCCGCGCCGCGCCGCGCCCGCCGGCCUCCGCCCGCGCGCCCUACCGAGCCGCCACGGGCCCCUGCGCCCUGCAUCCCCGCCGGACGCCCGCUGCCCUCCGCUUCGGGGUCGCGGCCGCGCGUGGCUGUGAAGAUGGCCUUCCGCAAGGCCUACUCCAUCAAGGACAAGCUGCAAGCCAUCGAGCGCGUCAAGAGCGGCGAGCGGCAGGCCAGCGUGUGCCGCGAUUUCGGUGUGCCUGGUGGCACGCUGCGUGGCUGGCUCAAGGACGAGCCCAAGCUACGCUGGUUCCUGGAGCAGCUGGGCGGCGAGGUGGGCACACAGCGCAAGAAGAUGCGGCUGGCCAACGAAGAGGAGAUCGACCGCGCUGUGUACGCCUGGUUCCUGGCGUUACGCCAGCACGGCGUGCCGCUGUCGGGGCCGCUCAUCCAGGCGCAGGCCGAGGCCUUCGCGCGCCAGAUCUACGGCCCCGAGUGCACCUUCAAGGCCAGCCACGGCUGGUUCUGGCGUUGGCAGAAGCGCCACGGCAUCUCCAGCCAACGCAUCUACGGCGAGGCCGAGCCAUCGGCGCCCGCGGCAGUCCCACCACCAGCGCCUGGCCCACCCGUCAAGGAGGAGCCUACGCUGCGGCUGCCCGGGGGCGCGGGGUCCUUCCCAACCCGACCGCCAGCCCCACUGUCCCCCGCCGAAGGAGGCUACGGCGACGAACAGAUCUACAACGCCAACGUUACUGGCCUCUACUGGAAGCUGCUCCCGGAACAGGCUGGGCCCCGGAGUCCAGGGGACCCCGGGGGAGGGGGCUGCGGCCGGCGGUGGCGGGGCGACCGGGUGACGGUGCUGCUGGCCGCCAACCUGACGGGCAGUCACAAGCUGAAGCCGCUGAUCAUUGGACAGCUGCCCGACCCCCCCAGCUUGCGCCAUCACAACCAGGACAAGUUCCCCGCCUCGUACCGUUACAGCCCCGACGCUUGGCUCAGCCGCCCUCUCUUGCGUGGUUGGUUCUUUGAGGAAUUUGUUCCUGGAGUCAAGCGCUAUUUGCGCCGCAGUUGCCUGCAACAGAAGGCCGUGCUGCUCGUGGCUCAUCCGCCCGGCCCGAGCUCGGCCACUAGGACGCCAGCCCUGGGCGAGAGCGAGGAGGCCCCCAGGAGGGCCCGACCUGAGCCCCCCGGACCCCCAGAGGAGCUGCAGACACCCGAUGGCGCUGUACGCGUGCUGUUCUUGUCGGGGAGCAGCGGUCGCACGCAGAUCCCGUCGCCCCUGGAGCAGGGCGUGGUGGCUGCCUUCAAACAGCUGUACAAGCGGGAGCUGCUGCGUCUGGCUGUAUCGUGCGCGGGUGGCUCCCCGCUGGACUUCAUGCGUAGCUUCAUGCUCAAGGACAUGCUCUACCUGGCGGGUCUCUCCUGGGACCUGGUGCAGGCGGGCAGCAUCGAGCGCUGCUGGCUCCUGGGCCUGCGGGCCGCCUUUGAGCCCCAGCCCAAGGAGACGUGUGAGGGGUCAACCCGCCAGGCAGAGGAAGCGGCGGAGCACAGCCGGGUGCUCAGCGACCUCACCCACCUGGCCGCCCUGGCCUACAAGCGCCUGGCGCCGGAGGAAGUGGCCGCGUGGCUACACCUGGAUGACGACUGGGGGCUGCCCGACUGCAGCCGUGAAGAGGCAGGUGCGCGCCCACCACCCUGGCUGGCCUCCGAAGCCCCUGGACCCCAGGCCUGUCGUCUCCAAGGCCUAGGAGUCACAGAGGAGGCAGGGGAGGGGCCUACGGUGAUGGAGCGGGGAGGAGCCCCACUUCCCACAGCCUGCGAGGCUAUUCGGGGUCUGGAAACCGCUCUGCGGUGGUUGGAGAGCCAGGAUCCUCGGGAGGUGGGGCCGCUCAAGUUGGUACAGCUGCGCUCACUCAUCAGCAUGGCUCGGAGGCUGGGAGGUGUGGAGGGGACCCUACCUGAGGCAGGGGUGUGA